AUGGCGCGUGUUGCAGAACUCGAAGCGAACAUGGGGGGGGGGGGGGGGGGCCUUGUUUUAGAUGGUCACGGUAGUCAUAAUGCGGAACUCUGUGCAUCUGUCGCGUCAACAAAUGGCAGCAGGGCAAAAUCUCCCGGCACCAAGGGUGGAAGAAGAUCCUUGGAAGUUGGACGACGCAAGAAGGGGUCAUCUGCGUUGGCGACGUGA